GGGGGCUACUUGAACAAAGACAACAAUUCACCAGGCAAAAGUGACAGUGACAUACCAUCCCAAAACAGGCAAUUUAUAGGCAAUUAAUAGCAGAUUAUAUAAGCGCAUGCGUGGCUUUGGCUUACUCGUACCCGACCACCCGAAUCGAACUUCAAUCAUCACCUCGCCUCGCAGGGAUUAUCUGGUGGAUCCGAUCGCUCCUCGACCUCGAAAUCAACCACACGCGUAUGAAACCCUAAAUGCGUCCCGUCUUCCCAUCAUUAUCAAAGUCCCAGUAAUUGCUGGCGGACGGGCAAUCGACACCACCGAGCCGCAGAAACAUGAAGCUGGAGCUUCUCCACGAUAACCUCCCCAACUGCGCACACCGAUGAAUGCCUGAACGAGUGACUUUGACAGCUUCGCCGACACGACGUGGCUCCGCCAAAUGGACGGUUCUAUGAAUGGACCUGGCGGGGUCAACGGUGCGAGCAAUGGAAUGAGUAGGGCAGAAAGGUUCGAGGAUGAGAAGCGGAGGAUCAUAGAUACUUGCUUUGGGAAGAAAGAUGAGGACGGAUCUUGUGCGCCGCCCCCCUCCCUCCCCCCUUGCCUAUGAACUCGUGGGGGAGCUUGGAAGCUGUCUACUAACGUCCAGACAGUACUGGAAUCCUACAUAACCCAUAUCAGAAUCACCGAAGAUGCGGCGUACCCAUCUGCCCCUCCUCCGUUGAAUUCCAGCCAAAGUACGAAGAAGGAACGUCUCAUUAUCGUCGCCGUGCGAAAAUCUGGACGGGUUCGUAUGCACAAAGCAAGGGAAAAUGCUAAUGGAAGCUUUUCAAUUGGCAAAACAUGGAUGCUUGACGAUUUGGCAGGCGUGAAGUCCUACAACGGCUCAGUACCGUCCACGGCUGAAGAAGAACAACACAAAGCAUGGGCAGGGGGCACUGGAUUUAUCGUCAAUAUCGGAAAGCCAUAUUACUGGGUAGCCAAAUCUCAGAAGGAAAAGCAAUUCUUCAUUGCAAGUCUCGUGAAGAUAUUUACAAAAUACACUGGGGGAAAAAUCCCCGAACUUCUGGGAUUCGACCAGAAGGAGCGAGACCAGUUACUGGGUGUCUCUACAACCUCAUCUUCUCGGCCCCUUCCCGCUGCAUUACAAGCUGCUUCUGGUCCACCACCGCCACGUCCAUCUCCUGGCCAAGCUCAAAACCGUCCACCUCCCCUGUCACAAGAACGAGCCCUGCGCACACAGCCUAGCCGUGAUGGCAUGCAGAGAAACUCCCCGGGGCUUCCACCCUCUAUACCCCCAAUACCCCCCAGUUCUGCGUCCUCCUUGACGUCUCAAACAUCACGGCCUCAGAUGCGAAACCGUCGUGAAGAUUCCCCAAGUGGGAGCACAGAGUCUGGUGGAAAUGCAACUAUGCAAAGUCCACCAGUUCUGCGAAGACCAGCUGGCUCAAAUCAGAGCCAAGAAUCGUUUGGAAGAGGGGACGAUACUACUUCUUCAAACGUAACCCCGCGUUCUCGAGGUGGAACAAAUGGACUUCCACCUGCUCCAGGAAGAUUUCAGGAUCGUAGUAUGACACCAAACUCAUUACGGGUAGGUACGCCAACAGAAAGCAGUUUUCCUAAUAGGAGAGAUCCUGGAACCAAUGUUCCACCCGUGCCCACUACGCCCGUGGCAUUUCCUCCCGAACGACGUAGACCCCCAAUAGCAAACCUUGGUGAUACUUCACGCCAACGUGGCAUGAAUAAUGAUAUGGUUCCUGCGCCAUUGGCCAGUCCUGGAAUGCGAAGAGAUGACAUGCGUCUACCAGCUCGCAGUAGCGAACGAACGCCAACCCGAGACUUGGAUAUGGCCAGCAAUCUGCCCGCGGAUACCAAUGGCUCUGGCAGGUGGGAAAAGCCUAGAGAAUCAUCAGAAUCUGUUCCUAGAAAGUCAUCCGAAUCUGCAACCAGGACUGAGUCUCUCAAAAGCUCAAAUAAUAUACCUGCAUCAUUACCCGCUGGUCCUCCGCCGAUUGUAGACAUACCAGAAGUUCCAAAGGAUUCUGAGGCUCCGGAUACUUUAUUGCCAACCUCGCCAGAAGAAGAAGCGCGCCCCGGACUCGGCCCUAUGAUCAAACAAAAGUCCAAGAAUGAUGCAGCAGGUUCUUUCUUCAAAGCUGCAAAAGCAGCGAAUGCUUUCAACUCCUUUAAGCCCAGAGCUGGCGGUGCCGCUGAACGUCUCCGAGAGAUGGCGGCAAAACAGUCAGAAGGACCGGAUGGAAUUACUGGCGUCGUUCCAGCGCCAUCUCUCGUGCGCGGGAUGAGUGGCGACAGCACGAAUUCGCAGACGCCAGCUGCCGCUGCUGCUGCCGCAGCGGCAGGUUCUCCUGGAAAAUCCCCCAGAAAGCACAAAGAUAGUAUACCCGAAGUGAAGAUUACAGUACCGCAGACUGGGGUUGAAGCACCUGUAAAACCAUCAACAGAAAAUGCAACUGUGGAGAAACCAAAGACAAGAGAGGCAAGGCGGCCGAAACCGGUAUCUGAGACGAUGCACAAAGAAUUGGCCUCAUUGGGAGUUGAUUCCAAUAUCCUUGGAGGGCGAGGUAUUGAUUUGGUUGAGCUGUGGGAGCAGUUUGGGUGGGUGGGAGAUGGAAUUAGGACCAAGAAUAUGGACCAAAUGCAAGACGAGAUCGACCGAGAAUUGAACAAAAUCCAGGCCGGCGGUUGGCUAUCGAGAUUAGAUGAGGAGGAUGAGAGAAUAGAAGGAAUCAAAAGUGGUUUGGAUAAAUGCAUUGAGGAAUGUGAUGAGCUCGAUGGCUUGCUCACUUUAUAUUCCGUCGAACUUAGCGUAAGUUUUCUUUCCAAAUUAUUGCGCGAAGUUACUAAAUGUUUAGACUCUCAACGAAGAUAUUGCGUACAUUGAGGCUCAAUCGCAAGGUCUGCAAGUACAGACCGCCAAUCAGCGGCUGUUGCAAGCAGAGCUCAAAACUCUUCUCGACACGAUCUCUAUCUCAUCAGAUCAACUGGGUAGUUUGCGCGAAGCGUCACUCGAGUCACCACGUGGUCUGGAGCAAAUUGAGUCUUCUUUGGUUACCCUGUUUAAGGCUAUGCUCACUAUAGAUCCAUCACUUGGUCUUUCUGGCCCCCGCAAAAGCGAGGACGGAGGUGUGGAUUCAGGAAAGGCUGGUGGCUUCAAUAACUCUGAGAUUGGAAGCAUGCGUGUUCUACAAGAGAAGAAAGAUGUAUACAAGAACGAGAGUGCCAUGUUCCUUCGUCGCCUCAAACCCUUCCUUCAAGUCAAAUUCGGCGCUGCCAUCGACGAAACUCGCAAGGCUCUAGAGCGCGAGAAGGGACCAAACCUUACAAGGUCGGCAGGAAAAGCAAAACUUGAUUCAAAGAACCAUGAUCUGGCUCGUGAUGUCCUUUGGAGAUACAGCCCCCUCAUGAUUUUCGCUCGAGAGGCUGACAAACCCGAAUGGGAGGAGCUCAUCAAGACGUAUGAAAUGGUCUCCAAGCCUCUAUAUCAGGAUGAGUUCAGAGACGCCGUCUUUUCCUGGAAACGCAUCGCAAAGAAGCCCACAGGUGACGAGGCCGACCUUCUUUUCACAUCUCAAGUCGAAAAGCAGGAGCAAGGAAUCGCUACUACGGCUCGAAAAUUGACCGUAAAACGAAGUCAAACCCUCGCUAAAAGCUUGCGUUCCCCAAUUGGUGAUAACGCUAGUAAAACCAACAUUGACAAGGCAGACGGUCGUCUACAGCCUCAUGAAGUUUUCUCUGGAGCACUCGAUGAAAUGAUACCAAUAAUGAGCAUGGAACAGAAUUUCAUUGUGAAUUUCUUCCAUAUUACUUCGCUCGGACAAUCAGACUUCCCAGAUCUAGUCGCCGCUGCGCCACCCGACAGGAGGAGAGGGGGCGAUUUGAGAAAGCCUCAAGUAAUGGAUCCCAACAGAGAUCUAGCAAAGGUGGUUAUUCAGUCAAUGGAAGAAAUUUAUGCUUUCUUUCCUGCUGAUAUGCAAGCGCUUAUUGAAUGGUCGCUUCAAGCAGAUCCAUUGUAAGCACCUACCUCGAUCCUUAUCACAUUUCGCAAUAAACAUGCUAACAGAAUAACAGACAAGGCGUUGGAGUCAUCGUUGCUAUUGAACGCAAACUUGUCCAACUAGAAGAGUCAAGUCAAGAAUUUCUUGCAAAAACACUCCAAAAAUCGCACACAAAACUUCUUGGUCUUUUCACGAAAUUUCUCGACGAGCAAAUACGUGCAAUCGAAGACACCAAAGUCAAGAUCAAAAAGCGUAAAGGGGUCAUUGGAUUCAUCCGCGUUUUCCCGUCCUUCUCGCUUUCUCUCGAAACCAUGCUUGUGUCCGCCGACAAUUUGGAAAUUCGUGACACGGUGAACCAAGCAUAUGCUCGAAUCAACAAAACCAUGUUUGAAUCUCUCAAGGUCAUCGCGAGGGAGAACCCGGGUACCCAGACUUCUGGCAAUGAUCCAGAAGAUAAGGAAGUGCUCAAUUACCAAAUUCUCUUGAUAGAAAACAUGAACCACUAUUUGGAGGAAGUCGAUGCUCGAUCUAAUCCUGUUCUUGAAGACUGGAAGCAAAAUGCAUCACAAGAAAUGGAAGAGCACAUGUCGCUCUACCUUGGCGCGGUUAUUCGAAGACCAUUAGGCAAGCUCUUGGAUUUUCUGGAAAGUACUGAAAGCUUAAUGCUCUCUCGUCAACCGGGAGAACCAGCUACCAAGAUCUCAGGGAUGCCAAGUCACUCCAAGACGACAUUCAAGAAAAUUCUUGCUGGAUACGAUUCCAAAGAAAUCAGACGAGGAAUAGAGACACUCAAGAAACGAGUCGAGAAGCACUUUGGUGAUGCUGAUGAUCCUGGUCUUAGUCGUGGCCUGGUGGCAAAGGUCACUGGGAAUUGUGAAAGGUAUUACGAGAAGGUUGAGGAUCGGAUCUUGACUAUCAGUCGGGAUGUGUAUGAUGGGGAUGCGAUUGCGGAGUGGACGAGGGGUGACGUUUCGGCGGCUUUUAGGAAAUAAAGGGGGUAACGAAGGGUCUCAUGAAGUAUGCAUUAGUGAGGGCAUUUGUUUUGGUCCUGGAGACAAAGCCUUAUUUACACCUCUUGUAUUUUGAGUUGGGAUUUCUUUUUCCUUGGGGCGUAGGGGAGUAUGGGAGUCGCCUUGGUUGUAGGAUUGAGAGACUUGGUAACAUCGUAGGAAUAUACCACCAAUUAAAUGCAUAUACG